GGGCCCAAACACCGGGUCGGACACUCAACAGCCCAGCGAACAGACAGUCCGCUUCUCGUCUGAGUGGAAGUAACAGAAGAAACCGAGAAAAGACAUACUGAGAAAAGAAAGGAAAGAAGAGCACGGGUUUCAUUACAGACUUCAGGUAAUUGCUCACCACUAUUCUCCAGGCGGUGACCGUGCGAAGUUUUAUUUACUUCUCCAUCAUGAUAUUCCGAAUUCGAUGCUGCGAUAAAGUUUUCUUGAGAAUUUUGGUUGGGGGUAGGUUGUACAGCUCAGGAGAAACAGUGCAAGAUUCACCUGAUAUAACAAAAAAGAUCUGUAAAAUUAUGAUGUCCUGCCCCAAAGUAGGCCUUGAUGUUGCGCUCGACCAAAGUGGUAUCCGGGUUUCUGAAGAUGUAGUUGAACAGGUCCUUGCAAAAUUCGAAAAUGCUGGAAUGCUGGCUCACCGGUUCUUUGAGUGGGCUGGCAAGCAACGAAAUUAUGUGCACAGUAUUAGAGCCUACCAUAUCAUGAUUGAGUCAUUGGCGAAGAUAAGGCAGUAUGAGAUAAUGUGGGAUCUCGUGAACAGCAUGAGGACCAAGGGAAUACUGAAUAUUGAGACCUUCUGUAUUAUCAUGAGAAAGUAUGCACGGGCCCAAAAAGUGAAUGAGGCGGUUUAUACAUUUAACAUAAUGAAAAAAUAUGAUGUGCCUCCAAAUCUGGCUGCAUUUAAUGGGUUAUUGAGUGCUUUGUGCAAGUCAAAGAAUGUUGGAAAAGCUCAGGAGAUCUUUGAUGCCAUGAACAAUCAGUUUUGUCCCGAUUCAAAAACUUAUAGCAUUUUGCUUGAAGGAUGGGGAAGGGCUCCAAAUUUGCCAAAAGCCAGGGCGAUUUUUAGGGAAAUGGUUGAUUCAGGCUGCAAUCCUGAUAUUGUGACAUAUGGAAUCAUGGUUGACAUUCUCUGCAAGGCAGGAAGGACACAUGAAGCAGUUGAUGUUAUAAAUGAGAUGGAAUUCAGUGGUUGUCAGCCCACGUCGUUUAUUUAUAGCGUUUUGAUACAUACAUAUGGUAUUGAAAACAGAAUUGAGGAUGCAAUUGAUACAUUCCUUCAAAUGGAACAAAAUGGAGUAGAGCCUGAUGUGGCAGUUUACAACGCCUUAAUUAGUGCUUUCUGCAAAGUAAAUAAAUUCCAAAAUGCUUACAAGGUUGUGGAUGAUAUGGAUAAAAAGGGGGUGAGACCCAAUUCAAGAACUUGUAACAUUCUUAUAAAUGGCUUGAUUGGUCGUGGGGAGACUGAUGAGGCUUUUAAGGUGUUUCGCAGGAUGACCAAAGUUUGCGAGCCUGAUGCCGACACAUAUACCAUGAUGAUCAAGAUGUUCUGUGAGAGAGAGGAACUAGAGAUAGCUCUCAAGGUGUGGAAGUAUAUGGAAAGGAAGCAGUUUGCUCCUAGCAUGCACACAUUUUCUGCACUUAUUAAUGGAUUAUGUGACAAGGGUGAUGUGUCUAGGGCUUGUGUCUUAAUGGAAGAGAUGAUGGAGAGAGGAAUUCGCCCAGGAAGACAUACCUUUGGCAGGCUGAGACAGUUACUUCUGAAGGAAGGGAGAGGAGAUGUCCUUGAAUUUUUACAUGAAAAGAUGAACCUUUUGGUAAAAGAACCGCUAUGUGAUUCACUGCAGUCUCAUUUUGGUCACUUCCUUCACUGUGCGCCUUUGUUCGUGGACAGUAGCAGCUCAGCGGCUGUUCCUGCCAUUUUGCUACUCAAUCAGAGGCACAUCCGUUCGGUGAGAAGACUUAAUGAGGACCGUCAGAUCGAGUGCACAAAGGAGAUUGGGGGCGAUUUUAAAUCAAAGGAACAAGGCGACGCCAUUUUGAAGCAAUUAGGGCUCAAUUCAGAGGCAGAAAAGAUUGGGGAUUUUGGGGAGAUUUCUCAUUCUGGAUUUAGCCAGACACACACAAAUGUGGUAAAAAAUGAGUAUUCCAUUUGCUCCGUCGCCAUUAUGCAGAAGUUCCUCCAUUCCCCAAUCUUCCGUUCAAUCAAACCCCAACACUUCACCCCGUCCUCCAGCUUCUGUUCAUUGUCCGACAAUGCUCUCGAAAAUUUGAAUAUUACGAAUGAAGUCCUCGCCCUUAUCAAUUCCGUACACCCCAUUGGGCCCGCCCUCCAAAACUUAGUUCCUUUCCUUAAUCGAGAAGUUAUAAUUUCAGUCCUUCAGUCUCAGACCCAACUGAAGAAAGACCCGCGGAUUUGCUUUCGGUUCUUCAUCUGGGCAGCUCAGAAGGCGCGUUUCCGAAGUGGGCUUUCGCAUAAUUUAAUUCUUGACAUGCUUUUGAGCUGUGAAAGUGGUAAUUCGUUUCAUUUGUACUGGAGUGUCCUUGAUGAAUUGAGGGAUGAGAAGUUGCCCGUUCCGGCAGAUGCCUUUGUGGUAUUGAUUUUGGGCUACUGGAGGUUAAAAAAGGCGGAAAAGGCGGUGGAAACGUUUGGGAGGAUGAAGGAUUAUGAGUGUAAGCCGAAUUUAGCUGUUUACAAUGUGAUAUUGCAUGUCUUGGUUAAAAAAGAUGUGAUUUUGUUGGCAUUGGCGGUUUAUAACAUGAUGCUAAAGUCUAAGUGUAGAAUUGGCUGCGAUACAUAUAGUGUUUUGAUUGAUGGGUUGUGCAAGUGUGGGAUGACUGAAUAUGCGCUCAAUCUGUUCGACGAGAUGACUGAGAGGGGUAUCUUGCCCAGUAGGAUUACGUACACUGUGAUUAUGUCCGGGUUGUGCAAGGCAAAGAGAACGCAUGAUGCUCAUAGGCUUUUUAAAUUGAUGAAAAGUAGUGGAUGUAUGCCAGAUGCUGCUACAUAUAAUGCUUUGCUUGAUGGAUUCUGUAAGUGUGGCCAGAUUGAUGAGGCCUUCGCGCUUUUCGAGUCAUUUAGAAAUGAUGGGUAUAAGGUCGGGAUACGAGGGUUUAGUUGUCUGAUCGAUGGUCUGAUAAGAGCCAAAAGGCUUAGUGAAGCAGAGGAAAUGUUUCAGAAGGUUUAUGAUGUGGGUUCAGAACCUGAUCUUGUAUUAUAUACGAUUAUGAUGCGAGGAUUAUGUGAAGCUGGAAGGAUGAAAGAUGCAGUUAAUAUUUUGAGGGAUAUGAUAGGAAAAGGUCUUGUGCCUGACACGAAAUGUUAUAAUGUGUUAAUCAAAGGAUUCUGUGACAUAGGGCUGUUGGACCAAGCUCGAUCUCUUAAACUAGAGAUUUCCCAGCACAAUCACUUCCCCAGUACUUGUACUUACACUAUUCUAGUUUGUGGUUUGUGCAGGAACGGUCUGCUUGGAGAGGCCCAGCAGAUCUUCAAUGAAAUGGAAAAGCUUGGCUGUUUUCCUUCUGCUGUGACUUUUAAUGCUCUAAUUGAUGGGCUAUCCAAAGCUGGCAAGCUUGAGGAAGCUCACCUAAUGCUUUACAAAAUGGAGAUUGGAAAGAACCCAUCAUUAUUUCUUCGGUUGUCUCAAGGUGCUGAUCGCAUCCUUGACAGCGCAAGCUUACAAAAAAUGGUAGAUAACUUGGUUAACUCAGGGUUAAUACUUAAGGCUUACAAGCUUCUCAUGCAGCUUGCUGAUAGUGGCGUUGUGCCAAACAUCACCACGUACAACACUUUGAUUAAUGGUUUGUGCAAGGCUGGGCAGGUUAAUGGUGCUCUUAAGCUCUUUGAGGAGCUCCAACUUAAGGGGCAUUUUCCUGAUUCAGUAACAUAUGCAACACUCAUAGAGGGGCUCCAAAGGGUGGAUAGAGAAGGGGAUGCAUAUAAGCUCUUUGAACAAAUGAUAGCAAAUGGAUGUAAACCAAGCUCAUCUGUGUAUAAAACGCUUAUGACUUGGUCUUGCAGAAGGAGGAAGAUUUCUGUUGCAUUUAGCUUUUGGUUGAAGUACAUCAGGAAUCUAUCUGGCCUGCAAGGUGAAGCAUUAAAGUUGACCGAGGAAUCUUUCCAAAACGGUGACUUGGUGAAGGCAGUGAGAAGCUUACUGGAGAUAGACACCAAAUUGGCAGAUUUUGAUUCAGCACCUUACAAUAUUUGGCUUGUUGGACUCUGUCAGGCAGACAGAGUGGAGGAGGCUCUGAAGACAUUUUCCAUUCUUGAGGAGUUCGAUGUCACUGUGUCUGCCCCUGGGUGUGUUAAGUUGAUUUAUUCUCUCUGCUCUGAAAAAAAACUCAAUGAGGCAGUUGAUAUUUUUCUCUACACCAUGGAAAAAGGUCACCGAUUGAUGCCUCCAGUCUGUAACAGUUUACUUAAAGUUCUUCUCAGUUCAAAAGAUAAAGCAGGACUUGCUUUUGAGCUUCUUGACAAAAUGAAAUCUAUGGGUUAUGACCUAAAUUCUUUUCUUCGUCGCAGUACAAAAUCCCGUUUACACCAUCAUUAUAGGAUGAGGAAAAGGGAGAAUGUGUCGAACAUGUAGACCUGAGAAGUUUUUACUUUUUUGCUUUUGGCUUUACCUAGCUACCAUACUUUUCUUUUAUUUUUUAUUUUUACCAUGAGAGAUGUUGUACAACUUGUUGAGAGUAGUUAGAUUGGCUGCUGACCUUUUUCAGCUUUAUAAUCUGCAUUGAUGGAGGUACUCAGUCCUCUUAAUAUUACUUAGGUAUGUUACAUUACAGGAGUGAGAACUAGACACUCC